AUUAAGUAGAGGUGGAUUUGUUUCUACAUGAGAAAAUAAAAUGUCGACGCGAAAACUUUUCAUUCAUUAGUCAACCAGAAUAUAGACAUUCUUUGUUUGUAAAAAAAAGUCUUGUAAAAAUUAAAAAUCAAUUAUCAAAAUUAAUAAUUAAAUGUAUUAAAUAAAGAUUGUGUGUGACAGAAACAAAUUAGUGAGAUCUCUUGAUACAGGAAAAUAUCAUCACAAUGGAUAACGGCGAGCAAGAUGCUGGUUUCCGAUUGGCACCGAUGUCUCCGCAGGAGAUAAAGCCAGACAUUUCACUGCUUAAUGAAAAUAAUACAAGUAGUUAUUCACCUAAACCUGGAAGUCCUAAUCCAUUUGCCAUUGGAUUACAGGCAAUAAAUGCAGUCGCUGCCGCGAAUGCCAACAACCAAAAUCAAAUGUUGCAAACUACGCCACCACAACAGCAGCAGUAUCCACCAAAUCACCCACUUAGUGGUUCGAAACACUUGUGUUCCAUUUGUGGCGAUCGCGCCAGUGGAAAACAUUAUGGUGUCUACAGUUGUGAGGGUUGUAAAGGGUUUUUCAAACGUACAGUACGCAAGGAUUUGACAUAUGCUUGUCGUGAGGACAGAAAUUGCAUUAUAGAUAAACGACAAAGAAAUCGCUGCCAGUAUUGUCGUUAUCAAAAGUGUUUAGCUUGUGGCAUGAAACGCGAAGCGGUCCAAGAGGAACGACAACGAGGUACUCGUGCGGCUAACGCUAGAGCUGCAGGUGCUGGUGGUGGAGGAGGAGGUGGUGGAGGGGUAAGCAAUGUAGUUGGUGCUGGCGGAGAAGACUUUAAACCCAGCAGUUCAUUACGUGAUCUCACUAUCGAACGCAUCAUUGAGGCCGAGCAAAAAGCCGAAUCACUGAGCGGUGAUAAUGUGUUGCCCUUUUUGCGCGUAGGCAACAAUUCCAUGGUUCAACAUGACUACAAAGGCGCUGUAUCUCAUCUCUGCCAGAUGGUUAACAAACAACUCUUCCAAAUGGUUGAAUAUGCACGUCGUACACCACAUUUUACACAUUUGCAACGUGAGGACCAGAUACUUUUGCUAAAGGCUGGCUGGAAUGAAUUGCUGAUUGCAAAUGUUGCCUGGUGCAGUAUUGAGUCUCUUGAUGCCGAAUAUGCCUCGCCUGGCACGGUACAUGACGGUUCUUUUGGUCGGCGUUCACCAGUGCGUCAGCCCCAACAACUCUUCCUUAAUCAGAAUUUCUCGUAUCAUCGCAAUAGUGCUAUUAAAGCCAAUGUUGUUUCGAUUUUCGAUCGCAUCCUUUCGGAGUUGAGCAUCAAAAUGAAACGUCUUAACAUCGAUCGCUCGGAGUUGUCGUGUCUGAAGGCAAUCAUACUCUUCAAUCCUGAUAUACGCGGUCUCAAAUGCCGCGCCGACGUUGAGGUAUGUCGUGAAAAAAUUUAUGCCUGUCUGGACGAACACUGCCGCACAGAACAUCCAGGUGAUGAUGGUCGUUUUGCUCAACUACUGCUAAGGUUGCCCGCUUUACGUUCCAUCAGUCUCAAAUGUCUCGAUCAUUUGUUUUUCUUCCGUUUAAUAGGCGAAAGAGCAUUGGAGGAAUUAAUUGCUGAGCAAUUGGAAGCUCCCAUAUGCUAAGAAUUUACGAAAGUUGUACUAAAGUUAGACACAACAUCCAAAGGAUUGUGUUGUGAAAUGAAUGACGAUAGAGAAAUUAUUUGGUGGUGCUUCUAAGUAUCUAUCUUGAAAUUAAAAGAUUAAUGAAAAACAAAACGGAAAACACAAUAUACACAAAGACACAUCCAUACACACCCAAUACUGAUAGCAACAAUAAUUGUUGAAUUGAUGGCUUUGUUGGUGGUGGCUGUGUAAAGAAGAAUUUAUUCCCCAAAAUCUGGACUUACCUUUAAUUUUAAGCUCUUAAUAUGUGAUUGAGUUUUCGCUGCAUUUCCUUAACCUUUUCACACAGUCUCCAAUAGUCUGUUAAUGGUGAUGAAGAUGAUAAUCAUCUAAAGUUAUUUUGCAAACCAAACAAAACGGAUGCUUAAGAACAAAUACAAUUUAUAAUAAUCUCAACAAAUGACUUUAUUUCAACAAUAACAGCUGAAAUUCUUAUAUGUACAUGUAUUUUAGUUAAAAUAUGCCUUUAAUGUAAAUCAUAUAGAAUUUACUUAUAUUUUAUUUAAAAUUUUUUAAGUUUUUAUCGUUUUAAAUCUACCUUUUUUCAAAAUUCGAUACGAAUGAAUUUAAAGUUUCAAUUGUUUAGUUAAAUAGUUUGACAAAAAUACUUAUUACAAUAUCACGUUUACGUUUUUUACUCCUUUAAUUUAGUUAUAAAUAUGUUUUUAUUGUGUAUUAUAUUAAUGAAAACUGAUAUACAUACUAACACUUAUACAUAGAUAUAUUAUACAUACAAACAUAUUAAUAUAUUAUUAAAUAUAGAUAUAUUUUA